AUGUUUUUAGAUUCCACUGAGAUUAUUCAUCGCGAUGUUUCCUCACAAGCGCGUGCCCCCGUGAAGAACGAUUACAUUCGACCGUGCUACUUUACCAAUUGGGCUCAGUACAGAAAUGGGCGAGGAAAAUACAUGCCUGAAGAUUACAUACCUGAACUUUGUACUCAUAUUCUGUUCGCAUUCGGCUGGAUGAAUGAAGACUACACUGUCAGAGCAUUUGAUCCAGCUGAUCUGCCAAAUGACUGGGCCGGUGAGGGAAUGUACAGACGUGUCAAUGCUCUCAAACGUAAAGACCCUAACCUCAAGACCCUUCUUUCCAUUGGUGGAUGGAGUUUUGGCACACGACUAUUCAAGGAUAUGUCAGAAACACCCGUCCGGCGAAAGGUCUUCAUCACUUCCGCAAUUGCAUUUGUUCGUCAGUGGGACUUCGAUGGAAUCGAUAUCGAUUGGGAAUAUCCAUCUGGUCCAGCCGAUGUCAGGAACUACGCCAGCUUCAUCUCGGAGCUCAGCGAAGCAUGUGCAGCAGAAGCGACAUCGUCUCAGAAGCCUCGCCUGCUCGUUACAGCUGCAGUGUCUGCUGGAGAAAUCACGAUUGACGCUGGUUAUGAUGUUCCGGCCAUUGCUGACCACCUUGACUUCAUCCUACUCAUGAACUACGAUUUUCACGGAGCCUGGAGCGCCGAGACCGGCUUCAACUCGCCUCUCUACCCUAGAGAGGACAUGCGAGAAUCAGAGAAAGUGUGGAAUAUCGACUGGGCGGCCAACCACUGGAAUGAAAAGGGUAUGCCAAAGGAGAAGAUAAUUAUCGGAAUACCAACAUAUGGUCGAGGAUGGACUCUGAAGGAUAAAUCAAACAUCAGUGUGGGAACGGAAGGAUCACCUGCCAAAAUCACUCCAUUCACUCAAGAAGCAGGCGUUGCAUCAUUUUAUGAGUUCUGCGAAAUGCUGGCCACUGGUGCAACUCGUUACUGGAGCUCCGAACAACAAGUUCCAUAUCUUGUACAGGGGGAUCAGUGGUGGAGUUAUGAUGACCAGGAAUCAAUAGCCAACAAGAUGGCAUGGAUCAAGCGCAAUAAAUAUGGUGGAGCCUUUGUAUGGACAUUGGACUUUGAUGAUUUCAACGCCAAGUGCUCGAACAGUGACGGACAACGUUAUCCGCUCAUCAGUAUCAUCGCAAAGGAGCUUGGAGGAGUCACAAUACCCUGUGUAAGUAGUGGUUGCUUGAAUAAAACGUCAUGGAAUAGUGCCAAAAUCAACGAUGACUUUAAUUUUGCUUGCGCUUCGUACACAAUGUCGUGUCCUACUGGAAUGCAUUUUUCACCUCCGAAAGGAUAUUGUGUGCAUAUCGCUGACUCGAGCUGUUCCCCGUCCACUACCGUGACCACCUUCUCGCCAACAACUACAAAAACACCUGGAAAUGUUUUUCUAACCAUCAGAGCCCCAUUUUCAGCAUUUGAAUGUGGCUCAGAUGGAUUCUAUGCUGAUAUAAAGAACUGUAAAAGGUUCAUCCGAUGUGUGAACGGGAACCCCUACGGUUUUGACUGCCCAAAAGGUCUUUCAUUCCAUGCUGAUUCUUUGAUGUGUGAUCAUCCAGAUCCGUCAAAGUGUGCUGGUUUUGCCUAA